AGUACAUCGCAGCUGCCUAAGCAAAGGGCGAACUGGGAGAGAGAACAUUUUGCUUCCUGGAAAUCUAACUAGCUGUUGACACCUGUUCUCGUUUUCCACGAAACCGUAUGGAUACAUUGCAUUCGACAAGGGGAACAGUUACAGUUUAAAAAGGACGAGAAAGAAAAAAAAACACCAAGGGGGAAAUUAUUGAUGCCUCAGCCUCUUCCUCCGGCGUGAUGAACUCCAGGUUUUGUGUUCUGGGAGGGAGGAUCGGGAACAUUGGGAUGUCGGAGCUCCCCAAAGACAAGACGAGGCCUGAAAUGGUGUGCCAUGUUCGAUUCCUUGAUGGCACCUCCCAGAGCUUCAAUAUUAGCAAGCAAGACACGGGUCAGUCUCUGCUGGACUUGGUGUAUAACCACUUGGGCCUGCUGGAGAGGGAGUUUUUCAGCCUCCAGCACUGUGAGGAGGCCUCCGACUCUCCUAGGUGGAUUGAACCCAACAAACCCAUCAAGAAGCAACUAAAGGGUCCCUUUCCUUCUUUUCUGAAUUUCCGUGUGAGGUUCUUCAUUGCGGACCCCAACUCCCUGCUGCAGGAACAGACCAGGCACUUGUAUUUUUUACAGAUCAAGAAGGACAUUCAGGAGGGAAGGUUAAGUUGUCCCCUCAGUUCUGCUGUUGUCCUUGCAUCCUAUGCAGUGCAGUCUGAACUCGGGGACCACUCCCCCUCUGAGCAUCCGCCGGGGUACCUCUCUGCCUGCCGCUUCCUCCCCGAGCAGGACGAAGACUUCCUCAUCAAAGUGGAGUCGCUGCACCCCCAACAUAAGGGCCUGAAACAGUCGGAAGCAGAACUGUGCUUCUUGAAUACAGCACGCACUCUGGAGUUCUACGGAGUGGAGGUGCACAGGGCCCGGGAUCCCAGCAACACAGACCUGCUGGUGGGGAUAGCUUCUGGGGGCGUGGCAGUCUUCCGCAAUACGAUCUGCAGCAACUUCUUUUCCUGGGUCAACAUCAUCAAGAUUUCCUUCAAGAGGAAGCGGUUUUUCAUACAGCUGAGGCAGAAGCAUGGGGAGACCAGGGACCACACGGUGCCCUUCAUCUUGCCCAACUACAGAGCAUGCAAGAACCUGUGGAAGUCCUGCGUGGAGCACCACACCUUCUUCCAGACCAAGAGGACCCUGCCUCAGGACAAGAAGCACUUCCCCAACUACUGGAGCCUGGGCUCCAAGAACCCAGCAAAGACAAUCAACAGCCAGAUCUACAGGAAGGUGAUGGGUGGUAUGGUGUGGAACCCGGUGCUGAGGAAAUCCCUCUCUGCUGAGCACCUGGAGACAAAGAGUCUUCCGUCUCGCUCCCCUCCCAUCACGCCCAACUGGAGAAGCCCCCGCCUGCGGCACGACGUCCGCAAGCCUCGCCACUCUUCCAUGGACAACCUGGCCAACGAGAUGAGCUACAUCACUGAGAGCGAGGACGUCUUCUACACCUACCGGGGCACACUCGGCUGCAAGGAGGGGGAUGGCAGGGCCCCCGCGGACCACUGCCACUCCCAAAAGCAAAUCCGCGAGGACAGCGCGGCCGAGGACGCAGCGCCCGAGCUGCAACGCUGCGAUGCGCUGUCGCAGCUAAGCAGCGACUCGCCGAGACCCGCCCCGCCCUCCCAGCACGGACCGGAGCCCCACCCCCACGAGAGCUACGAGAACGCCCCGUUGGACGAGACCAACGACUGGGACUCCCCGUAUUACGGUGACAAGAACGAAGUGAUUGAUGGCGAUCUCCUGCUGGUCCGGAUAGCCCCGGACCAAGAGGGCAAGUUUGGCUUCAACGUGAAGGGCGGCGUUGAUCAGAAGAGUCCCCUGGUGAUAUCACACGUGAGCGUGGACUCUCCGGCUGGGAAGUGCGUUCCUCAGCUGCUGGAAGGAGACCAGAUCGUCCUGAUCAAUGGGCGGGACAUCUCGGAGCACACCCACGACCAGGUGGUCAUGUUCAUCAAGGCCAGCCGCGAGUCCCACACCAAGGAGCUGGCGCUGCUGGUGCGAAGGAAAGCUGCAGGGGUCAGCUUGCGUAUGGAGCCCCAGCCUGCGUACGAGCUGGGCUGCCCCCUGCUGGCCGAGACCAUCCUGCCUCCCAUCCAGCAGUACGGAGGCACCCUGGAGGAGUCCAUGACCCAGCUGCAGAGAGGCCUUCAGACAGGGACUCUCCUCUUACAGUUUGAGCAACUGUACAGGAAAAAGCCUGGGAUGGCAGUGACAUUCGCGAAACUGUCCGAGAACAUGGAGAAAAACAGAUACAAAGAUAUCCUGCCCUAUGAUGACACCAGAGUGGUUCUGGAGCAAGAGGAGGAUGAUUAUAUUAACGCCAGUCACGUAAAGAUGGAGAUGCCCUCCGCGGGGAUGGUGAACAGCUACGUGGCGGGGCAGGGCCCCCUGCCUCACACCUGCAGGCAUUUCUGGCAGGCCGUGUGGGAGCAGCGUGCCUGUGUCAUCGUUAUGCUCACCACCCUGACGGAGAGAGGACGGCCAAAGUGUCACCAGUAUUGGCCAGACCCGCCAGAAGUGCGCGACUAUGGGUGUCUACAGGUCUGCUGCCACUCAGAGGAGUGCAACUUGGCCUACGUUUUUCGGGAGCUGACAUUAACCAACACCGAGAUGGGGGAGAAGCGGUCGGUCACGCACCUGCAGUACGUCGCCUGGCCCGACCACGGAGUCCCGGACGACCCCUCCGACUUCCUGGACUUUGUCAGCUUCGUGCGGCAGAAGAGGAACGGGACGGAGCCGCUGAUUGUCCACUGCAGUGCCGGGAUUGGGCGAACCGGUGUACUUAUCACCAUGGAAACGGCAAUGGAGCUAAUUGAGAAAGACCAACCCGUGUAUCCCCUGGAUAUCGUUAGGAGAUUAAGAGACCAGAGGGCCAUGAUGGUGCAGACAGGGAGCCAGUACCGGUUUGUGUGUGAGGCCAUCUUGCGGGUGUACCAAGAGAAGAAGCAGACUGCCCAAGAGGCUUACAGCUAGCCCCAGCAGAGCAUGGAAAUUUCCCCACACAUUUAUAAGCUCGCUCAGGAGAGAAGAGAGAGAUAUCCCAUGGACACUUGCAGCUGGCUCCAGGAGAGGAUGGAGAUUUCCCCCGGACAGUUAAAGCUCGCUCCAGGAGAGAGAGAGGAGAGAGAUUCUCCCCCCGGGCAUCUACUGCUAGCUCCAGGAGGGAGAAGAGUGAUUCCCCUUUCCCUGGACAUCUGGAGCUAGCUCCAGGAGGGGAUGGAGACUUUCCCCCAGACUGCCCACCCCGUCUGCAGGCAGGCGCUUCGACACACUGGGCCAGCAGGAGGGAUGGCCGUGCGUGUGUACCGACCCACCCAGAGCACACUGGAACCGCGGCACUUUACAGCGUAAACGGGAGUGUGGACAACACCACAGCCUCUUAUUUGUAGAAAUAGUCAAACACUAUGUAAUCCUACCUAUAUGUGCCAAGUACUGCUUCAACCACCAGACAUUCAUCUCCAUGUAAAAAGGGCACUGUUUUAAAUAAAUCCUGCUGAUCGAUUAA